GCAGAAUGUGCUUAUUAACCAUUAAGAAGGAAAAUUUAUGUUUUUUAAAAUUGAUAUAACCAUUUUGACUAAAAACUUGCAAAUGGCUGUACACUGCCAUACAUAUUUUCUGAGCAUGAACAUGCAUGUAAACUUUAUAUUCAGUUUAUUUGAUAUUUUCUAACAGCUGAAUUUUAUAUUAAUGCUGGAUUUAUUCAAUCUUUUAUGAUUAUUUAGGAUAGGCAUGGACAAUGAUUUAAUCAAAUACAUAGACUAACACCAUUUUUAAAUUAUCACAUUUUUUUCACAUUUAUUUUGCAGAAUAUGCUUUUUUAUUAUUUUACAACAUAAUAAUGCUUUAUUGAAUUCAUUAUCCUUAGCAGUAUAAAUCUAUAGUCUUGAUGGAAAAUGCUUUGAAUUCAAUCCCACAUAAGGUUUUAAAAGGGGAUAUUUUUUAUACAAAGUGUUCGAAACCUUUAUGCACUGAUAUCUUCAGAAUUUUCAAUAUAUGUAGUACAAAACAUAACACUUUAAGUUUAUCAUUACAGCUAAAGCUGAGAAUGCCACAGAGGAGGACCUGCAGCAGGCCCUGAAACAACUGGAACACGAACAGGAACUAAAGCGGAAGGCAAUGACAGCUGAUUUAGAGCAGCAGAGGAAGAAGUUGAUGGAGAAGGUGGCGGCCCGUAAACGUCAGUCAGAGGAGAAAGAGAGCGAAGAGAUCAAAGCAGCCCAACUCGUACUGCUCUCUGAGAGCCGUCAGAAAAAACAGAAAGAGACUGCCGAGAAAGAACGCAGUCAGCAAAGCUCAGAGCUUCAGAAGAGACUGGAGGCCAGAAGACAAGCAAGGAAAAAAGCGACGGAGGAUCUGGACGAGAACAGGAGGUCACUGACUGACGAGGAGAGAUUCUCAGGCUCCAGUGAUGGCUCUAGACCUAACACCAUGGACAGUAAUCCAUUUGCUUCUAUGAAGCGAGAGAAGACAGCUCUGGAUGUGACCGUGUCAGACAAGGAGAAGCAUGACACGUACACCAAACUGAUGAGAGAACAGACAGCAGUGAUGCAGCAUAAACAAGAGAGUCAGCGUAAACAGGAGGAAAUGCUGAAAAGAAGGCUUGCAGAGAGACAAAGCAAAAAACAAGCAGAGGUUCAGAGCCUGAUGAACUUGGGGGAACGUCAGAAAACCACUCUACUGGCCGCAAAACAGGAUGAAAAGGACAAACAGUUAGAGAGAAUGAAGGAAAGAAUCAAGAGAGAGCGUUCUCGAAGCCCCGGCAAAAAGAAACACGCUGCUAUAGAAGAGGAACCAGAGGAAGAAACAUACUAAUAGACAGACAUGAAACCCACAAUGAAGAAAUAAAGAUCUACUCCUGUGAUGCGCCACUUUAUAUUAAAUUUUAUGUAUUAAUCUGACUUAUAUGCAUUCCAAUCAAAUUUGUGUGCCAGUUUUGAACUUUUCCUGUACAUGUACUCAGUGGUAUUUUUUAUAUGUCAAUUAUAAUUAUGGUCUGUGAUAAAAUUUAUACACCUUUAUCACUGUUAUGUUUUCUAAAUAAUUGAAUUUGAAGAAAAGAUUGUUAUGAACUCAAGAUUUUUUAUUUGAUGGUUAAAUUUACCUGUUUAUGUAUUGUUAACAAUUAAUUUUUAGUUGAUUUAGUGUAAAAUCACAAUGAUAUGCAUUUUUGUUAUUUAUUUUUUAUUUAAGUAUACAUGUAUUUAAAUCUUCCGUCCAGUUUUCCAUUCAGACUGAUAAUGUAAUAGACAUAACAUCAAUAACCUAGUGCAAUGCUUUUGUUAACUUAUCUUAUUUUUAGCCUGCUGGCCAGGAUUUCAUUUACUGACAUGUAAGAGUCUCUUGGAUUUUUGAAUUUUUUUAAUGAAUUAUAAUUAGACAACAUAACUAUUAUAAUGUUAUGCAUUAUAACAGAAUUAUUAAA